AUGUAUCGGUCCACCAAGGGCGCCUCCAAGGCACGGCGGGACCAAAUCAAUGCGGAGAUUAGGAACCUUAAAGACCUGUUGCCCAUCGCCGAAGGGGAUAAACUCCGGCUAUCCUACCUGCACAUCAUGUCUCUGGCCUGCAUCUACACUCGGAAGUCCAUCUUCUUCUCCAAAGGUGCAACUUUAGAAGGCUUGGAGAGCUUGCUUUCUUCCCAGGACUUGGAAGAUUUUAUGCAGACACUUCCGGGCUUUCUUCUGGCAUUCACCAGAGAAGGCAAACUCAUCUAUGUGUCGGAGAAUGUUGCUGAACACCUGGGCCACUCUAUGGUGGAUUUGGUUGCCCAAGGAGACAGCAUCUACGACAUCAUUGACCCAGCUGAUCACUUUGUGAUGAGGAACCAACUGGCAUUGCCCUCCCCAGUAGAUACCAACCGACUCUUCCGCUGCCAUUUCAACACUUCCAAGACAAUCCGCCGGCAAAGUGCAGGGAACAAGCUGGUCCUUAUCCGAGGGAGGUUCCACCAGCCCCCACCUGGCUCUUACUGGUCCACCAACCCUGUCUUCACUGCCUUCUGCACUCCUCUGGACCCCAAGCCCAGAAUCAGCCAGAACUCUUUCUUCUUGACUUCCUUUGAGAGUCACCACACAAAAGACUUGGCCAUUGUGGACAUCUCUGAAAGUGUGAUUUCCCACUUGGGCUUUGAGAAAAGUGAGCUCUUUUGCAAGUCAUGGUACAGUCUGAUCCAUCCGGAAGAUCUCAGCCACGCGUCAGCCCAACAUUACAGGCUGUUGGGUGACACGAGCGAAACUCAAGCGGAAAUGGUCAUUCGACUCCAAACCAAAGAUGGCAUGAAUUGGAUAUGGAUCUAUUCGCUGCUCCACGUGGAGAAUGCUGACAUUCCCAUCACUUGCCACAACUAUGUAAUCAGUGAUUCUGAAGCCUGGUGCCUGAAGCAACAACUGUCAGCGGAAGAAACCCAACUGGCCUAUGUCCUCGGAAGUACGCCCACUUUCCUGGAAGGUCUUCUCUCGCCGGGGCAACUUUCCAGCCCUGACCAAGUCUUCACGCCCAUGUCCAGCACCUCAACCAGCACCAUCGUUGCACCGUCGUUUGACUUUGGAGCGACGGAGCCUGGAAAUAUCUCCUCAGUGGAGGAGUCCAUCCCAGGCACCACCCUCAGCCUUCUCAGCAAAGGCCCGGCGUUCAGUUAUGUGGUCUUCCCGACAGAUUACGAGCGGACUUUAAGAAGGGACAACCUUAGCGGCUCCUCCUCCAAAGACUUUGUCUGCACCCCUCCAUAUACACCCCACCAGGGCUGUGCCUUCCUGUUUGGAGCCCCGGAGCUUUAUGCCCCAAGCACCGCCCCUUCCACCGCUCCUCCUGUGACCGCCACACCUCACGCUGUUGACCCUGCUGCCACCGUCCCCACCACUACCGCCACCACCUCUGAGCUGUUUUAUACCCAGGAACAAUGCAGUGCUCUCUAUGAGAAGUUACCGCCUACCCCGGACAGCCCUGGUAAUGGGGACUGUACCAUCAUGACCUUGCCUGAGAUCAGGGGUCCCCUCUAUAUCGAUGUGCCCAUGGUGCCCGAGGGGAUCCUGACUCCGGAGGCCUCGCCCAUCAAACAGACAUUCUUCAGAUAUUCUGAAAAAGAGAAGAGCGAGAUUGAACUGCUGGCCCAGCAGAUCAGCAGUCUGGCUGAGGCUUUCAGCGCCAUCGCUCCCAGACAGCUCGCCAAGAAUGGCCAGGUUGCUCUCAACGGUUCUGCGCUGGGUGCUAUGCCUGAACCAUGCCUGGACUUCCAGCCUCCCAAGAACUGGAGGAGCAUUGACUUCUCCUUGUUGGCUUGCCCGGAGGAAGAUCUCUUAGAAGAGGAUGCUCUCGAGACCCUUCUCCAAGACCUGUCCACCUCUCUGUUCGAGAAAGGUGGGACAGGUGUGAGGUGCCCUCACCACCAGUUCUGCGGUGGGAAUGUCAGUAGUCCAAUCGGCUUGGACAAUGAAGAUAGUAACCAAGGGGCCUUGGCUGCCUCGCCCAGCAUGGACCUACCUCCAGAAGAGCGAUGCUUUUUGGAAGAACUGACCUCCUACGAAACAGCCUUUGAGACACGUGCCUCAAACUCUCCCUGUGACGGGUUAGAUGAGUUGUAUCAACUCCAGAGCCACAUGCAAGAAGGCUUCCAUGAAGAUGGAAGCGAAAGUGACCCUUCGUUCUGA